AUGGCCUUCAUGGUCGACGAGCGAAUGGCCUACCACCGCCAGAUCGGCUUCGACCACUUCGACAUCUACGACAACAACUCCACCGACCACCUGGCCGCCUCUACGGCCCUGACCUCAUGGCCCUGGCGCCGGUCGGAAAACCAGGCUUACUUGCAUGUGCUGGCCUUCACCUGGGCGCGGUGCCAUUGGACCUUCCACGCUGACAUUGACUACUACCUGCUGCCCCUCGUAUCGCCCCCCACAGUCCAGGUCAUUGUCGCCCAUGUGCGCAGAAACUCCAAGUGUGCUUCGUCGGUGGUAGAGAUGCGCUUCGAGGGCCUGCGCACGCACCACGACAAUCUGACCACCUGCCCCGACACGCCGGUGAUCGAGACCUACGUGCACCGGAGGACCGAUAAGGACGCCUACGACCUGGGCUUCGGGCUGGUCAUUUGCCUGCCCGCCACAAGUUGGUGA